GUCCAGCAGCAGAGGAAGUGAGGCGUUUGUUGUUUUCUCAGUGUGAGUGGGACUCAUCCUUUGUUUGUGCAUCUAUUUAGUGGACUUGAAAGGGCCGCGUGCCAACACCCAGAGGAGAGCUUAGAGCAGUCUCUCCACACAGCUCCACUGAGGUCCAGUGCUGACCAGAAGCUGGUGGAGACUCAGAGACACCAGACCUAGAGGAGGAGAAACAGCUCAUGUACCCUCCUCUUCCACCGCAGUGAUGAGGUCUUCCUCACUGGGGUGAUUGACAGCUGAUUAUUGGACUUGCCACUGGUUUUGGUUGAUCAGUGAAGCUCUUUACAACUAGCUGUGGAGAACUCUACUGUGGCUGGGCAGUGAUUUCCGGUUGGACCCCAGGAGCCAAGGGCUGCACGCCGUGAGCAGCUGCUUCCUGGAGACGUGAUUGGGGUCUCCCGGGCAGGAAGAGCAUGGAGCCCAUCAAGAGAGACAUGGAGCUGCUGAGCAACAGCAUGGCCACCUACGCCCACAUCCAGGCCAACCCCGAGAGCUUCGCCCUGUACUUCAUGAUGGGCGUGUGCUUCGGCCUGCUCAUGGCGCUCUGCCUCCUGGUGACGGGCAUCGCCUGCCGCCCGCGACGCCUGGCCAAGGCCCCAACCUCCCCCGAGAGGCGGCGUCUCAAGGAGUCCAGCGAGGAGGACGGCGACGGCGACGAGGACGAAGACGACGACGAAGACAGCAUGGCAGACGACCGGACCCGCGAGCUGGUGGAGGUGGACGGUGGUUGCGAGAUGCUCAAAGUGACAGUGGCGCCGGCGAGCGAGCACGGCAGCAGCCGCUCCAACGGGACGCUGCGGAGCGUCAACGUGUUCGCCUCGGCCGAGGAGCUGGAGAAGGCGCGCCGUCUGGAGGAGCGGGAACGCAUCGUCCGCGAGAUCUGGAGGAACGGCCAGCCGGACAUACUGGCCACGGGCACCGGCACCAUCGGACGGGUGCACUACCACUAGCGGGGGAGGCUAGGCCUGAAACCCGGCCUGGACCGCUGCCUUAAGGGGCCUACACACCGCCCAGACUCAAACCAACGGCCAACUGCCUUUAUCCGACCACUCCAUAGCCUCUCGUCUGACCCGUUCGGCAGAAAAGUUGCAUUGAAACAUACCGCAGUAGCGUGUUUGUUUGUUCGCAUUUGCGCCUGAUGCAAUAAGUCUCCUUUACAUCGGGCGGCGCUAGUCUCGUGGCAAUAGUCCGCCCCUCCCACACGCCGCGCUGAUUCGCAACCAAUCAGAGGCUCUGAUUCUCAGACCUCAACGCUCCCAGACUUUCCAAGUUGAAUCAGGCAAGACACCGUCCGUGCAGUUCAAAAAGCUUCCAUCACAGCUGAACACACCGAACAGAUUUGUUCCCGAACUCGUCCGAGUCACCCCAAACGUUUCAGAUUGCCAACGGUUGGGCCAGUUUGUUCAAUGCUUUAAUGACUAUUAAGCUACUAUGGAUUCACUAUAGAGGACCCUGACCUGUCGGGCGCUUUGUCGCACCAUCUUGGACGAACUCGUCUGCUUCUGUUCGUUUUUUGUUAUUGAUGCAUACAUGUGAAUAACUUGUGAUUUUUACACAACCACUCGUGAGAUUAAAGUUUUGUAUUUCACAAAAAACGAAUGUCUUUACAAGUACAAGAUACAAGCUACAUGUCUUGAUUCUAACGAGCCAUACCACUCACACUGCAGGAGUCUUAUCUCAGUAGUAAAUACUUCCCUAAGUACCCCCCCACCACGUUAUCAUCGCCUUCCAGACAGUCACUUCCUGUGUUUCCUUUCCCACAAUUCCCAGCAGCCUCGUCCUAUUUUAGCUCUCGCCCGGCGCUCUCUCUCCCUGUCUCGGCUAACUGAAGAGCAGUUUGUUUCGCGCCCAUGAAAGAGACCGUUUGUCCGCACAAGAGCAGAUACCUCGACCGGCGUAAACUGUAGGUGCAACCACCCAAUGCUGCCAGCAAGUUCCGUGAGUGGAAAACUGAGGUUCCGAAUUGGUAUCCCCACUAUGUGAGACAUUUUUUUUCCCCCAGUCCUACUGGGCCGGGACGCAUGAGGCGGUUGGUUGUUGGCGCUCCCGGGCUAGGCGGGUAAUCUAUCACGUGUGGUAGCGCGUGGCCAGGGCAGGUUGAAUCAGCGCGUGUUUUGGGUGCCAGAGAAAACAAAUCAGGAGACUGUUGACCCAGACAGAGACUAACGGGUCUCUCCUGAUUGGCGGUAUGUGCACCAGUGGGCGGUAACAACUAUUCCAUAUUAGCGACCUAACCCUAACAUUUAGAGAGGGAUAUAUUCACAAAAAGAUAGAUAACGAUUAAAAAAAGAGUUGGAAAGACAGACAGAUAUAAAAGAUUGUCUGAACACAUAGUCAAAUAAAAGAUUUAUUGAAAAGGACAAAUAAUUCAAAGAUUAGGAAACGGUAAAAAAAAAAAAAUACAUUUCAGCUUCCAAUUUGAAACAAAACCGAUUCCAUAUAUAUGUGUUGCGUCAGUCCAGUCUAACAGGCUGCACGGACAGGCGCAUCGGACAACAUGUUCUGCUACUCUGCUGCAGUCUCCCGUCGUUAUAUCUUCUCACAGCCGAUCAUCGCUUCUUUCCCUCUUCCCAGGCCAUAAAUAACAAAAAAAGGGCACGAUUUAACUGAACAGCAGCGUCGGUAUGUUGCCAAAACUGAAGCGCAAACGUAUAUCUAAGUAAUUAUCAUCGCUUCGUAAAAAAAAA